UUGAACUCGUGCCAUUGUAGUGACUCAUCUCGGGCAGAGCGCAGGGGCUCAGAGCGAGACAGCGAGCGGCGCUCGGCAGGGACAGAGCGAGCGAGCGAAAGGGGGAGAGAGAGGGAGGGCGAAGCGAGGAGAGACGCGCGAAGCCGGCCGGUCCCGGAGCGGACACGGGGUGCAGGUCACUGCGGCGCGGAGCCACGUCCCUCUCAGCACCGCUCAGCCUGGAACCCCACGGGCACUGUCCCGCAGGCGCGAUCAGGGUUGCUGGACCGGCGCUCGCUGCCUUGUCCUAAGUCAAGUGUCCGUGUCGCCGGGAAACUCAGGCGGCGAGUUGGCCACAGGAAGUUUAUUCUCGGGCUCCUUUUCUAAAAGGAGGAAACAGAAGUUUCUCCCAACCGGCAGCUUUUCUUUUUCUCAUUUUUGGCGCCCUGUGAGAUUGGGAAGUGAGUCCCCCCAGAGCUGCCAAGCGACACCCGCUGGGCUCCUAGUCUUUUUGCGUUGCCCAUUUUUCUCCAGCCCGUGGGUCCCGGCGGAGCUCCGGCUGCGUGCGGGGGCGGAAGGGCGCGCGCAGGGGAGGGACCGAGGGACGCGCCGACUUUUUAGAGGGAGGGACCCGGUGGACAACCGGUUCCGCGGAGCUUGCAGAGCAGAAACGAAGUGCGGUGCGCGGCGAUCGGGGGUCACUUCCCGAGUGUCGCCGCCUCCCUGUCUGCCUCGGUUGGGGGACAGCCCCGGAGCGAAGAGCCCAGUCCGCCGCGGGGCCAGUGGACCAGCGAGCGCGCAGCAGACUGUGCGCGGCCGCGGCGAGGGCGGGGAAGAAAACCACCCUGUUUCCUCACCGGCCCCCACCGCGGAUCAUGUACCAGGAUUAUCCCGGGAACUUUGACACCUCGUCCCGGGGCAGCAGCGGCUCUCCUGCGCACGCCGAGUCCUACUCCAGUGGUGGCGGCGGUCAGCAGAAGUUCCGGGUAGAUAUGCCUGGCUCGGGCAGCGCCUUCAUCCCCACCAUCAACGCCAUCACCACCAGCCAGGACCUGCAGUGGAUGGUUCAGCCCACAGUGAUUACCUCCAUGUCCAACCCUUAUCCACGCUCACACCCCUACAGCCCCCUGCCAGGCCUGGCUUCAGUCCCUGGGCACAUGGCUCUCCCCAGACCCGGCGUGAUCAAGACCAUUGGUACCACCGUGGGCCGCAGAAGGAGAGAUGAGCAGCUGUCUCCUGAAGAAGAGGAGAAGCGUCGUAUCCGGCGGGAGAGGAACAAGCUGGCUGCAGCCAAGUGUCGGAACCGUCGCCGGGAGCUGACAGAGAAGCUGCAAGCGGAGACAGAGGAGCUGGAGGAGGAGAAGUCUGGUCUGCAGAAAGAGAUUGCUGAGCUACAGAAGGAGAAGGAAAAGCUGGAGUUCAUGUUGGUGGCCCACGGCCCUGUGUGCAAAAUCAGCCCCGAGGAGCGCCGGUCGCCCCCGACCUCCGGGCUGCAGCCCAUGCGUGGUGCAGGUGCCGUGGUGGUGAAGCAGGAACCCCUCGAAGAGGACAGCCCCUCUUCCUCAGUGGUAGGGAUGGACAAGACCCAGCGCUCUGUCAUCAAGCCCAUCAGCAUUGCUGGGGGUGGUUUCUAUGGGGAAGAGCCUCUGCACACUCCCAUCGUGGUGACCUCUACACCUGCCAUCACUCCAGGCACCUCAAACCUUGUCUUCACCUACCCCAGUGUCCUGGAACAGGAGUCACCUGCGUCACCCUCGGAGUCCUGCUCCAAGGCUCACCGCAGAAGCAGUAGCAGUGGGGACCAGUCCUCAGACUCCUUGAACUCCCCCACACUGCUGGCUCUGUAACCCUGUGCUCCUCUGGCCAGCUCUGGAGGAGUUGUCAUCAUUGUCACCUUCCCCGGGGACCAGUACCUUUAAGCGCUCCAGGGUCAUGAGGGCAAUAGGGGAACCUUGGCUCUGGGGACCCAGUGGGACUUAGUGGUGAGGCACUGGUUGAUCUCUUAGAAGCCCUGGGACCCCCCCCUUCCCCCAUUCAUCUUGCAAGCAAAUCCUCUUUCUUGAGAAGCUGAGGAGAACUUGGUUUGGUGGACUCCGACAUCUCUCCUGCUUUUGAAGCACCUGGAGCUGGCCCGGAUGGUUCCUGUCCCUUUGUUAUGCUGUUGUCUCUGGAGUGAUGGUGUCCUUUCCUGCCCCACCAAGCAUGCUCAGUGCCUUUCGGUUUCCCCUCCUUCCCCCCUCCCCCCCAGUAUCAGCUCCAUUCCCUCUGGGUUUUUAUGAGAUUUGCCGUGACAUUUCAUCUGGGUGGUCUGGAUAUUAAAGCGCUUUUAUUUCCGGAGCUGGGGGAGCAGGUGACUCUUCUGCUGGGGCGGACAUGUCCCAAAGGGACAGUCAAAGUGCAAUAUUAUUGAACCUUCCCUCCCCACACACCCCAGCGCACUGCCGGCUCAGACCACCAGCGGGCUCCCUGAGUUCUACAGGUGCGGCGGUCACCACCGGGCUACACCAAGGACCUUUCCUCCCCAGCCUUGGAGAGAGAUGUCCGCCUCUUGGAGGAUCGGCCUGGCCAGAAGACAGGGUGUAAGUGCCGACAACCAGGACACAGGUUGGGUUUGCCAAAUGCCUAAUUACCAAGCCAGGAUUAGUGCCAACAAAGCCACGUGGCUGUCCUAGUGAGCUUCCCUUACCUGACGUCUUGGGCAGAGCGUCUCCUGUAAUUACUGCCUCGCCAUUCUGCGCUGGACCCUUCUCUCCAGACCAAGGAGGUACCCCUUCCUCGGAACAACACACCACUCCGAAGCCCGGCUGGGUCCUGCCCUUCCCCAGCUCUCAGGGUGACGCCACCCAGAGAUAUUGAAUGAGUGUGGGCCUUGACCCUCCCCCAAUUUUGACCUAAUGGCUUCUCUUCCAACCCCAGGUAGAGGAGCUGGGGUGAUGUGUGGGGCUGUGGUUUUGUCUGCAGCAGCAGCCCCCAGGUCCCUAGCCUUUCCUGCCUGCUCUCCUAUCAGCGAGGUGUGGGAAUCCCCCCUCCCCUGCUCUCAGUGGUCCCUGCCCUUGAUGAAUGAAUGCUUUUCCUUUGAUAUUUCUGUGGCCCACUCCAGAGUGACCUCCUGACCCUGUAGGCCAGUUGGGAGUCACUGGUCUGAGCCAGUCUUGCUAGGGCUUGGGGUGUCUCUGCCGAUUCUAGCUAAGCUAGCAUGUGUUCCUUCGCACUGCCAGAAGAGCUAUGCUUCUCCUGGCUGCCCUGGCCUCCAGCAAAGGCAUACUCCUGCCCCCGCAUCCCAUCGUUGUCUCCCUACUGCAUGCUUACACAGGUAUGGGAAGUGGAGUCCGGUUAGAACUGGUCUCUAGCGCUAAUGCUCUGACCUAAGUGUUUCCACUCAAAAGAUCUUAUCUAAAGCCAUGUUACUUGAACCAAGCCCAGUGGUGAAAAAUCUGAGUUUUGAGAGGACAGAGACAACUUCAUAGAUCUUCACAGACAUAGGCCUUUCUCAAUCCUAGUUCACAUGUGCCGGCCAUGUUUUAAUCCCAUGACCUACUGACAUGCAUGCAGAAUACACAGGAUCCAGGAGCCGUGUGGGAAACCUGCAAAGAGCUGAAAGAGACAGGGGCAGGGAUUGGCUGGGUAGAGAGGGAGAUGUUCAGAGUAAUUUCCAUAUGCUCUGUCCCGUACGUCCUGGCUCUAACUCUGCCAGUCUGGUCUCCCAGAGCCGCUGGAGCAGGUGGCUUCCUGACCUUAGACUCCUCCUAGAAACAGGAGAUGGCCAGGAGUAGCUAGAGCUGGGUAAAUACCCAGGGGUGACCUCAGUUGAGAAACAUCUAUCAUCUCAAGCCAAGCGGGAGCUCUCUCCCUCCUCGUGCCCAUGGGCAUUUCUGAAGCAAACCUGCUUUUACUCUCUGAUUUCCCAAAGCCCCUUUCUGCUCCAUCUCUAUAGCAUGGAUAUCAACACUGGUCACAGGCCCCGUGACUUGGUGCCCCAGUUGGACACUCCUGAGACCCCCCUCCCCGAGUCUGGCUCUCACUUCAGAUUGCAAGCUGUGUUGGCAUCAGGACCAGAAGGCACAGCCAACUAACCUGGGCCUCAGACCUCUGAGGCAUUUCCCCUCCUGACCUGCUUGCUCCAUCCUACAGACUCCAUGGCUUUCCAAAGACAGAUUUUGAGGGGAUAGUUGGAUGUUCACACCCAAACUGUGGGAGGAACCUCAGUUGGCUUCCUUCUGACUCGCUGUCAAGUCCCUUCCCGUACAUGCCACUCACACAUACGCCUGUGCUCCAGAGUCAGGCACCUGGCUUGCUGUCCUGUCUCCAGUUUAGGGAGCAGGGGUCGGGGAAGGGUGCUUGAGUUCAGACAAGGUGUCCCAUCUCCUCAUGUGUGUCCUCAGCUGACAUGAACUUGGGCUGGACUGUAAGCAGCUCUGGGUUGGCAUAGGGCAGGCCCUCCUUAAUCAGCUAGCAUGAAACACAGUCCUCAUGGCCACCCAGCCUCUGCAAGAACAGCCCUCCCUCCAGCUGGCUGUCUAGAGACAGCCUUGGCACAGGAAAGAGAGUGGCCCCAGUGAGGGGAGCCAACAGCAAGCAACUGGUUUCCUUGGG